AUGACUGGCUUCCAGAAGAUUGCCCUCAUGGGUAGAGGUUUCCUCGGAUCCGCUAUCCUUGAGCAACUGCUGAGUGCAGGGUACUCGGUCACAGUUCUGGGGCGCUCGGAAAAGUCCAAAGAAGGCCUUCCAGCCAACGCCAAGUUCGCCGUAGUCGACUACGAGUCCAUCGACAGCCUCGAGUCUGCCCUUCGCGGGCACGACGUAGCUAUCUCGACUGCUGGGAUGACAGCCAUCUCCGGCCAGAAGCUGGCCAUCGACGCCUGCAUCCGAGCCAGUGUCAAGCGGUACAUCCCUAAUGACUGGGGUUCGGUCACCACCGACCCCGAGGCCGCCCACUUGCCUUUCCUCGUUCCCAUGAAGCAGACACAAAAAUAUCUCACGGAAAAGGCUGAAAAGAACGAGAUCGAGUACACCAUCUUCUCUGUCGGAGCCUUCACGGAAUACGUCGUGAAGGGUAUCAUCGGUUUCAACUUUGCUGACAAGACGAUUCAACUUUUCGACGACGGAAACGGUCGGUUCAGCACUACUAGCGUCGCCAAUAUCGGCAAGGCGGUCGCUGCGGCUCUGAAGAAACCCGAGGAGACGAAGAAUCGAAACCUUUUCAUCAACGACCUCGUUGUGUCGCAAGGGCAGCUUGCUUCGUUGGCAAAGAAGUACUCUCCGCCUGGCACCCAGUGGACUGAAACGUCCAUCGACUCCAAGGCUCAGUAUGAUAGGCUCAUGAAGGAGGUGGAACAAGGUGCCGACCCCCAAAAACUUCUGCAGCUUCUCAUUACAGUUGUUGGAAGCGGGAUGUUCGGCGCUGCGUACAAGCGGGUUGACAACGAGCUGGUUGGCCUGCCCCUCCUGACCGAGGAGGACCUGGAUGCAAAGUUUGCGGCUGCUUAUGAUUACCAGCGACUCUCAAACUACAACCUGCACACCAAAGCACUCGCCGACACAAUGCCAGCUACCGAGGUUCAGCGCUGGGUAACCCGGCAAGAUGGCGUAGACAACCUCUUCCGGGACAAGGCACCUCUGUCUCGUCCGGGCAGAGGCGAAGUGCUGGUCAAGAUCAACGCUGUCUCCCUGAACUACCGUGACGUCGAAGAGCAUGCACCUCCAGUCGCCGUGGGCGAGUACAACCACCACCAGUCCGUAUCGGCGGCCGACGCCCCGCCCGUCGUGCCCUGCGCCGACAUGUGCGGCGUCGUCGUCGAGGCCGGCGAGGGGGCCGACUGGGCCGUGGGCGACCGCGUCGUGUCGACCUUCAACCAGGCCCACCUGACCGGGCAGGUCAGCGCGGAGACCAUGCGGCACGGCCUGGGCCUGCCGCUGGACGGCGUCCUGCAGACGCACCGCGUGUUCCCCUCAACGGGCCUCGUGCCGGCGCCGCGAUACAUGUCCGACGAGGAGGCCGCCACGCUGCCCAUCGCCGCCCUCACGGCGUGGAUGGCGAUCAACCAGUUCCGGCCGCUGGGUCAGCCCGGGGGCAAGGGCGAGGUCGUCCUGCUCCAGGGCACCGGCGGGGUGAGCGUCAGCGGGCUGCAGAUUGCGCAUGCGGCCGGUGCAACAACCAUCAUUACCUCCUCUUCGGAUGCAAAGUUGGAAAAGGCAAAGGCGCUGGGGGCAGACCAUGUCAUCAACUACCGAAGCGUUCCGGACUGGGACAAGGCCGUCAUGGAAAUCACGCACGGCAACGGUGCCGACAUCAUCUUGGAAUGCGGAGGGGCUCAGACAUUGCGAAAGUCCUUUCGAUCGAUCGCCUUUGGGGGACUGAUUGCCAGCAUCGGCUACGUUUCGGGGAAAGAAGACGAUGAAGCCGGAGAUCGGACCAGCAUCAACCUUCUGGCUUUACUUCGCACUGCCACCCUGAAGGGUAUCAUCAACGGGCCCCGGGAUCGCUUCUUGGAGAUGUUGAAAUUCUAUGAGGAACAUGAGAUUCAUCCAGUCAUUGACCGCAUUUUCACUUUCGAGGAAGGGAAAGACGCAUUUAAAUAUCUUCAAAGCGGAGCACACGUCGGUAAAGUCAUCAUUCGAGUCAACAGUUCCUGA